UCCCUCUCAACGCCCGUCUCUUUCUCUCUCCCCAACCAGAUUUGUCAGAACGCGAGCUCCUCUCCUACCCUCUCUCUCCCUCGCGCUCCGAAACCCUAGCCGCACGCAAGCUCUCCCCUCCCCUCGCCUCGCCUCGCCGCACCCGCCGCGCGGGACGAGCCGGGCGCCAUGGCCGCGGAGAAUUACUGGAGGUACGCCGACGCGCGGCAGCAGCAGCAGGCGAUGGUGGCCGCCGCGGCUGGGAUGGCACCCGCGGCGACGGUCACCGCGUCCCAGACGGUCGGGGGACCGGCGGCGGGAAUGAACCCGCAGGCGGCCGCCGCCGCCAUGGCGCAGCAGGCCGCCGCGCCGCCUCUCAAGCGCGCGCGCCCCGACUUCGGAGAUGUGUCUGGAGGACAAGACAUGACAGGAUAUUAUCCACGUGAAACUGACAGGGCAGGUUACCAUUCACUUAGAGAGAAUGAAGCGAUCGGAGCUUCUUAUGAUCGUUACUUGCGCAAUGGGAUGCCCUCUGUCGGUGCCAAUGACACUAGUAGGGCUGCUGGGAUGAAUGCUGGGAUCGCUGCUGGGAUGGGUGCUGGGAUGGCUGCUGGAAUGGGUGCUGGGAUGGCUGGCUAUGGUGUUGAUGACCGCCGUAUGAUGGGUGUUGUCGGUAUGGACAACAGAGGGAUGGGCUAUGGUGGCAGGCCUGAGCCUCCUCUUCCUCCGGAUGCAUCAAACACUUUGUAUAUUGAGGGCUUACCUGCAAACUGCACACGCCGGGAGGUUUCUCAUAUAUUUCGCCCAUUUGUAGGCUUUCGCGAAGUGCGACUUGUUAACAAAGAGUCCAGACAUCCUGGUGGAGACCCACAUGUGUUGUGUUUUGUUGAUUUUGACAACCCUGCUCAAGCUACAAUUGCUCUUGAAGCAUUGCAAGGUUAUAAGUUUGACGAACACGAUCGUGACUCAGCCCAUUUGCGGCUGCAAUUCUCACGCUUUCCUGGUCCGAGGUCAGCUGGCGGACCUCGCGGUAGGCGUUAAGACGUGCGGACCUCGUGGUUGCCGAACCUAUCGUUUGUACGAACGAUCAAUCUGCCGCAGCGUAACACUUCGAUAUGCGCUGAAAUCCUCGGUGGCUAGGGUUUGGCAUCUCAUUUCGUGAAUGCGUGAAAGGUGUCAUGCAAUAAGUGAUAUUCGUUCUCUUGUCAUUAGACUGCCAUAGCGUGUGUUAGGGGUGGAACUUUAAGUUAUUUGACAUACUGUAUCUGUUGCCUUAGUUAUUAUGAUUUACUGUAACUUUGUUACCUUGCUACCAGAGACAAGAGUUGUUAUCCUUUGAAUCUGUCCUUGAAACUAGAUGUCUGUUGUUAGCCUUGUUUA